GCGCACGGGGCGCGUCCGCUGUUACACAUUCUCGAUUAUACGGACGCUAAACGUUUUGAGGUUACAAACGGUACGACUGCGGCCGAGUAGUGAAUGGUCUGAACGCGGCGUGUAUAUUGUCUGUCGUCGUGGUUACGUCGUGGUGUUUGUUUCGUAUCACGUUGUCGCGCGUUCGUCGGCGGCGGGCUCCAUGUUGCUGCCGGUGGUAUGACGUCAUCGAGUGUCGGUGUCGGUGGUGUCGCGCGAGUGUAACCGUGUCGUCGUCGUCGUCGUCGUUCCCGUUGUUAUUCCUCUCUCUCCCGUCGUCAUACACAGUCCGUCACGCAUCAUGCUAUACUCGUGAUAAAGUUUGACAUUUUUCUCUUUCUCUCUCUCUUUUCUUCUCUCUUUUUCUCUCUUAUUCUCUUAUCUCGCGCCGUUCGCGAAACGCGAAGUGUACAACCGUCGCCGAAUCGCAUCGGUGGUUGCCACAGUGUGUGACCUCGUCGCUUUUCCCGGACACGUCCUCUCUCUCUCUCUCUCUCUUUGUAAUCACUGGUCCAUCUUCUUCAAUAUCCUCGCCUGUGCGAACGAACAAGAGAAUACCUGCAUCGAGACUAUCGCACCGAGGGCACGUCAUCUGUACGGCUGGUGAACAAAGGAUCAAGGAAGAGAAACAUGAAAUCCUUCGUAGCAACGUGAAUUGGAUUUCAAGAAUCUGGAUUCUAAUCUCUCGCCACAUAUCCCAUUCCGUAUUUACUCGUGAGGCACACGGCUGAGCAUGGAAUAACAAGAGAUCUCUGAUUUACGGGGCCUUUUUCUUCAUCGCGGUGCGCACGCGGAUCCCUGUUUCCGCAGUACUCGCCCCACUAACGUAACCAGCAGCAUUCGCCGCACAUCCACAAUGGCCGCCUAUUUAUGACAAUUCUGGGUCACGUGAGGACUCAUCGAGCAGCUUGUUGAGGCGUGGCCUGCCUGACACUUGCAGGUGCAGGUGCAGCGUGACGGUGACAGACGCGAUCGUAUAUACCUCGCCUAUAUUAUCAUUAUCAUUUAUUCCGUGGAUGCACUAAUAAUCUCACGUCCAAAGUGGCUAAGAGCGUAAGUCCCCGUCGAGUGCACCAAGAGUGCUCCAGCGGGGUGGACGGGGUGCAGGUGGUGGCACAGGUGCAGCAGCAGCAGCAGCAGCAGCAGCAUCAGCAGCCGCAGCAGCAGCAGGAGAGACGAACACCGAGGCGCAUGCCUUACCUGGGGCCUGACAUGACAACCCGGCUAUCCGCCAUGUUCUACACGGUUGAGGUCGGGGACACCAAGUUCACUAUCCUGAAGCGCUAUCAGAAUCUCAAGCCUAUCGGAUCGGGCGCGCAGGGAAUAGUUUGCGCGGCGUACGACACCGUCACUGCGCAAAAUGUGGCGAUUAAAAAGCUGUCCAGACCUUUUCAAAACGUGACACAUGCGAAAAGGGCCUACAGAGAGUUUAAACUGAUGAAGCUGGUCAAUCACAAAAAUAUAAUCGGUCUCUUGAACGCGUUCACACCGCAACGGUCGCUGGACGAGUUUCAAGACGUGUACCUGGUGAUGGAGCUCAUGGAUGCGAAUCUGUGCCAGGUGAUCCAGAUGGAUCUGGAUCACGAGCGUAUGUCGUAUCUUCUCUACCAGAUGUUGUGCGGCAUCAAGCACUUGCACUCUGCCGGCAUCAUUCAUAGGGAUCUAAAGCCAAGCAACAUCGUCGUAAAGUCCGACUGUACGCUAAAGAUUCUCGACUUCGGCUUGGCGAGGACCGCCGGCACCACAUUCAUGAUGACACCUUAUGUCGUAACGCGGUAUUAUCGAGCACCAGAGGUGAUUCUAGGCAUGGGUUAUAAGGAAAACGUGGAUAUCUGGUCGGUGGGAUGCAUUAUGGGCGAGAUGAUACGCGGUGGUGUUCUCUUCCCAGGCACAGAUCACAUCGAUCAGUGGAAUAAAAUAAUUGAGCAACUUGGUACUCCGGCGCAGGAGUUCAUGCAACGACUGCAACCGACUGUCAGGAAUUACGUGGAGAACAGGCCGCGGUAUCCAGGCUAUCCUUUCGAGAGGCUAUUCCCGGACGUCCUUUUUCCUUCGGAUUCCUCGGAGCAUAAUAGAUUAAAAGCGAGCCAAGCCAGAGAUCUAUUGUCGCGCAUGCUCGUGAUCGAUCCAGAGCGACGCAUUUCCGUGGACGAGGCGUUGCUGCACAAUUACAUAAACGUCUGGUACGACGAGGGAGAAGUCAAUGCCCCUGCACCAGGUCCAUACGACCAUAGUGUAGAUGAGAGAGAACAUACAGUGGAUCAGUGGAAAGAGCUGAUCUACCAGGAAGUGAUGGAAUACGAGACAAGUCACAAUCCCGCGGCGGUCGCCCAAUCGUCAGAGAGCGCUGGAAGUCGGUAGAUAUCGCGAGGCAGCAGCUCAUGCGCGGAUCCAUUUUCGCGGAAUCCUGCAAGAAAGCAUCCGAAUAGUCUGACUUACCGCGUGGAUGACGCAGCUGGAGCGACGUAGUGAGAAAAAAAAGAGGAAAUCGGAGAAAAAAAGAAAGAAGAUGAACUGAUGUCCACGAAUUGAUCUCCCUCUGAAUUUUCCUUCGGAAAGACAAAAAAUGCGACCGAAUAAAAAGCAGUUGGCAAAGAUGGUAAAGAGAGAAGCUUAUUCUGUCGAGCAGAAAGGCAAAUUAGAGUCUUCGGGUAAUACGCGUGAUGAUCAAUGAAGCUAGUUUUGAAGAUGAUCUAUUAACGAUUCCCCCGCUCGAUCUUUUCUUCUCUGAAACGAUCUGAUUAUGUAUCCCUUAUCCAGUAAACGAGAUUCACGAUCAUUAUCUUCGAGAGACAAGCACCGAAUAUCUGAAACAUCCUCAUCACUUUUGUUGCACUUUACAAAAGUUAUGGAAGCCGGGAAGGAUCAUGGGACACGAGUCAAGAUCAGAAGACAAGGUUUCUCGGAGAAAAGAAGAGAAGAAGCGAUGGAACUGUUUGGGCGAAGAAGUUACCGCGUCGCGCAUUGUCGUCUCUUCAACUGCCAGCUUGGGUUGUUGGAUGAGCCUCUUCUCUUUUUUCCUCAAUUCACUUAUCUCUUUAAUCGACACGAACUCUCCGAGAACCUUCUUAAGGAAUCCUUAAAUCUUUGUUUCACAAUUGUGUACGAUAUUUCUAUUUCCGAUGCCGCGUCCACUUGACUUUCCUUUUAGUACGAGAGGUCCCUGCGCUCUACAAGCGUACGUCGAACUGUUUCAAACUUUGAUAGUCGUCCCGCAAUUUUGGACAUUUGUCGUGUAUUUUAUAGCAAUAAAGUCGACGCGGAAAGAAGAUGAUAUAUAAAUGUCGUUCCUAUGUGAUACAGUUUGUAAGGUUUUUUAAAAUUAUCGGAGGCUGAAUCAUUUUUUUAAUUUAAAAAAAGAAAUCGGGCGAAUCAAGUGAUCGAUUGAUUGCCCGCUGCGACUUCCGAAAGAAUCGAUCGAGCGUGUUUAUCGUUUGCGCGCGAACAAUUAUAUACUUAUAUAUUUUUCGUACCAUUGUUAAGCACGUACGGGAACACGAUUCUGAACAAUGUAUCAUUAUAACUUUAACUAUUUUAUGCUCUUUCGGUGUACGGGAUGCAAAGAUAUCAUAUAAGGAAAUAAGGGAAAAUUUAUACAAAGCUUAUAGUCGCUCGAUAAUCCUGUCGCGGAAGUAGCGGGUGAUCAUCAGAAUGAGACUAAUCCCUGGGAUUUUGUUAAGUUGCGAUAUUUGUUAAUUUAAUUUGUACGAGAUUAUUCCGUACAAUUUGCAUGCCACGCAAUGCAAUGAGGCGUAUAAAAUGCAAAAGAAAUAGGACAAACUAUGCAGAAACGAGUCUCGAACCGAUCGUUAAAGAAGAUGCUAUCGACGAGAAAGAGAGAGAAAGAAGUAGAAUUUUGUACAUAAUAAUAAUAAUUAUUGUGAAUUUUAGAGUGCUGAACGAGAAUGUCCGCACGAUCUCGCGCGAUAUCGAUUUUUCGUAAGCGUGUACUUUUCGUUUGGAUAUUUCGCAUUUCCGCUCUGUGUGCUUUCGUCUCGAUCGUUAUCAGUGCCAGUAGAUACGCGAUUUAUAUUUCAUAUUUGUAAUUUUGUAGUCGUAAAGAAUUAACGAUUACUUUUAGCGAUAUGACAGAGAGAAGGAAGAAGAGAGAGAGAGAGAGAGAGAAUUGCAAAAGGUAAUGCAAUGUCUCACAACGAUCGAUUUUCGUAAAACAGUAUCAGAGACUCUGCGAUCUUGCAGUUAUCAAUUAUACUUUUUAGACGAGUAGUACCGAUACUAGAUGAUACUACUCUCUUCUCGUGCAAUCUCGCGUACAACGUGUCGCGCGAUGAACUCACGGUGCUUACUAUUUUGCAAUCGACAAAAGAAUCGACGGAAAUUGAUUGUUAAAUUGACGCAAUAAUUGAUAAAAUAAAAAUAGAAUUGAUCAUUGGAAACGGCGAAAGGAGAUGAUUUUCGCUUAGUUUGUUUUGCGAAGACGUGAAGCAAAAAAAAGCGUUUAUUGAAUUUUUAUUCUUUUUAUUAGAUCGUGUGUGUGAUUCAUACUAUACAUAUAGGGGAAUAUAGUAUAUAUAUAUAUAUAUAUAUAUAUAUAUAUAUAUAUAUAAAGGGGGGAAAUAUUUGACAAGAGAAUGUAAAACGACUGUCAUAUAAUAAUGGACGAGGAAAAACCGGGUUGAGAGAGCCGAUCAUACUGAUGAUUAUGAUGAUUAUUAUAUGAAAUAAUUGUAUUUAUUACGCAACUCGAAGAGGAGAAUCUACAAAUAAAUACCGAAUCGACGAAAUGGUGAUGAAGAAUAAUUGUAUAAUGUAAACGUUAAAUUUUUAUUUUCCACGAUGAUAGUUAUGUGAAUAUAUUGCUACAGUCCGAUCCAAAUAUAAUCAAGCUUUUGUAACACUAAUUAUAAUAAAAAAUCUAAUAAUGAUACUGCUAAUUACACGUAAUUGUAUCGCACACAUACGGUAAAAAUUAUAAAGUAUGAGCUACAAAUAAGCAGUUUCAUUUUUGCGCGUGUACGGAAGCGAAGAGUAGUGCGCCCAAAAAUCUUUACAAAUUCAACUAGUUACCGUCGCUCUGUAAAUUUGACGAACGUCCCUUUCAUCCAAUGCAUUUUUUUCGCAUAUUUAUACUGUGUAUGCAUGUCCUAUAUCACGAAUAAGCCUUUUCCAUUAUGAAAUUAAAAACAUGACACUAAAACAUUUUUGGCACUCUUUCGCCAUACUAUUUUUUUAUCUUCCGCGCAUAAUUCGCUGUAUAUUUACAGAUUGUGUAUUUUGCAAUAACAUUUUAUCGAAAGUAAUAAACACGACUAAGAUUAAGCGAACGCAACAUCCUCUCAGCAUUCUAGAAAAUCCUCUAAAAAUAAGUUAAUUAAAAGAAUUAUUCUUAAAUUAUAUCUCUAAUUUUUAAAAUUGAAUAUUAGACGCAAAACUUUGAAAUUAAAUAAAUUAAAAAUUUUUUAAUGUUUAAAAAGAAUUAUAUUUGUCUCUAAUUUAUUAUGCAAGAUAUUUUGAAAUAACAAAAGUUUUGAACAUAUUUCAUAUGAUUUUGAGUAUUAGGACGUAGAAUAAUAUUUUGGCCUUUCUUACUAAUAUUUUUUUUUGGAAUGACAUUUCAAUGCAUAAUUGUUCGCUAAAUUUUUUUGUGAUAUUUUUAAAUUAUAUUUAUGCGCGAUAAUCAUCACCACUACACAUUAAGUAAAGUCAAUUAUAUUUAAUCAGCGGACGAUACACUUAGCAGUUAAAAGCCUACCCAGAUAAUAUUUCUUGGACAUUGCACAUGGGGUAAUUUCUGCGACCCUUUGUGCGUGUACUCACAGGGUAACUCUCAUUGAACUUAAGCGAAAAUCAAGAGAAAAAAAAAGAUAGAAAAAGAACCCAGAAAAAAGUUGUAGCUAUUUCAAGAGGGCGGUUGAAAGUGAGAAUGAAAAAUGAGAGAAAAAAAAAAGAAAGAAAGAAAUACAACUAUUUUUCCAUUUCCGAGCUGCAAAAGCCUUUUUCUUCGCAUAGUAAGCGCGCUGAAGGAAAACUCGAUAAAUCGUGAUUCCUGAUGAAAUUUCGUCCAGCUCCUUCUGUGAGCCAGCACAAUCUUUUAAAUCACUUUGAGAAUCGCUGAAUCGCUUGCGACAUUUUUUUCCCGUCUCAAAAUAUGGGAGAAAAAGAAAGAGAGAAAAGAAUUGAGAAUUUUGUAAUAUUCACUGCGAUAAUCUCCCCACAGUAUUUGUACCUAUUCUUACCAUAUUUCAGAAUUUCUAAAGAUUUUUGGAUAUACGCCGUAAGAAAGAAAGAAAGAGAGAGAGAGAGAGAGAGUGAAAGCGAGUGAGCGAGAGAGAGAGAGAGAGAAAGAAAGAAAGAACGAAAGAAUGAAUUGAUAAUUAUAUGUAUAUUUGCCCGGUUUCGGAAAUAUUUUAUCGAAGCGAACAGGGGGGAAGCGCGGCCCGGAUCACACCGGAGGACAUUAUCCUCGAUGAAUAUUGUGUGUAUGUACACACCUAGAACAACACCUAGAACAAACACAUAAAACACGCAUACACGCACACACACAAAGAUACACGUACGUACAAUACCGUAGUUGUGGCAGCUCGUACUACGUUCUUCUCGUUUCCAUAGUUAAAGCAGCAAACGUAGUAGCAAGGAUAAUAAACGGUAGUGAAUAACGAUAUAAUGAGUAAAGUUAACGGUAACGAUAAUAUAAUAAAUAGGAAAAAAUAUCAAUAAAAAAAAAAUAAAGAAUUAAACGCGAUAUUAAUCGCAGAUUUCGCGUAGAUAGGAUGAAAAAAGUAGGAUCCGCGCCUGAUAUAAUAUAUCUCGUAAAUGCGACGAAUUUUCGACGCAUUUUUUUAGAUAAUCGAUCGCAAAAUCGGCGAAACUUGUCUUAACCCACUCUCUUCAAUACGUAGAACAUGAUUGUAUACGACGAUUGUUACAAUUCAGCGAACGUGCUCGGAACGCGCAAUAUCGGUGAUGAAAAGGAAAGAAAAAAAAAUAGUCAGUGCGAUCGUCGAGCAGAGAAAAACGAUUAUAGAAACUAGCAGGUACCUUUCAGCUAUGUGCCUUUGACAGAAAAGCUACAUUGAUUAAGUGACCCGAGGCUGAAAGAUGAUGAGAGAUAAGAAUAAGACAUAAAGGUAGACGAAAGAUGGAUAAGGACGUUAUUUUAAUGAUAAAGAGAUUUUAAUAUUUUUUUUUGACGAUAUCGAGCGGCGUUUUUCCUGUGUGUUUCCUAAACACGUCAUAUUAAACGUGAAACGAUUGAAAAGCGAAGCUUUUAAUUAUCGCUCUAUUAAAAUGAUGUCUUCGAAAAUUAAAUAUUAAUCAAUCUGAUAAGCAAUAAACGAUUUCUCGAUGCGAGAACGAUGAAAUAUUAAGAUAUUAAGAAUUAAUAUCUUAUGAUGUUUAGAAUUAAUCCUCUGUUCUUAAUAGUUAUUAUAUGUAAUUAAUUUAUUAAAUGUAUAUAUAAUCUAUGACAAUAGUAAGAAUACUCAUCUAAUUUUAUCCUCCAUAACUCUUUGGAUUUUCUCUUUUAUUCUUUAAGCUCUUUUGUAAAAGAUACUUUUUAUUUUUUACAUAUUUUUUUUUAAUUCUUUGUUUUACGGUUUUAUUUUCGAUUUUUAUCGCUUCUCGCAGUUUAGCCUUGCAUACCGUGUUGCGCGUUCACGAGCAGGAUCGAAUCAUAGUGAUCCCGGCGACGUCCUGGCAGCCGCUAAUCGCUUCCGAAACCAGGGAAAAUCGACCCUACCUUAUACAUAUACAUAAAACUCUAGAAUAUAAAUGAGAAAAGGAAGAAAUAAUCCGGUUAAGAGAGACACAAUGGCUAAAAUACCAUAAGAAUGACGAUAAGAACUAAUUAAUAAAUCACUUAAAAACAAGAAAGAGAGAGAAAGAGACAGAAUGACAUAAAUAAUAAUUUUUUUUAAUACGUUAUAAAAGAGGCAAAUAAUAUAUAACAAAAACACAAUAUUUUGAACGAAUCGAGCGGAGGUAGGAUGGGCAGAGGAUAAAAUGGGAGGGGGGGAAAAGGCAGAGAAAAAGAUUAAUGAAAAGAAACAAAAUAAUAAUGUCCAUGUUGCUAAUCUUAGCGGUGAGAUAGACAUCAUGCAUAGGCGAUGUCUUAGUUUAAAGAAAGUUAGUUCUUAAUACACAAGCAAGAGAGCGAGAGAAAGAGAGAAAAAGAACACAAACACACACACACACACACACAACAUUUACAUAAAAAAGAUAUAUACAAAUGACGUAAUGUUUACAGCAAGAUCCCUAAGCCAUCGACAUAAGUGACAUAAAAAGAAGAAGCAUUCGAUCUCUGAGGACAAUUUGAUUCAUGCGAAUAAAAGGGCGAAUUGAAAUCGAUCGAUGUGACUUCGAUGAGUUCGACUUUCAAUGCCAUAUGGGAUGUUCUGGAAUUCCCAAGUUUUAUAAUUUUGAUUAUAAAUUUUUUUCUGUUUUAUUUUGAUUAAAUUCUGCUGUAGUCUAUAUCUAGUAAAUGUUCUUCGAUUCCAAACAUAAAGACAUUAAUCGACGUGUUCUCGAUUAUAAUUUUAUCAGCAUCAGAAAUCGAACUCCACAAUAAAAAUCAAUCGAUCGUUGAUUCUCGAAUGAUUUAUGGAGACACCAAUGAUACGCUACCAGCGUGCUCCCAGUCGUUUUCUCCUGUCAGGAGAAAGGGACCAAUCAUCAGAGCAAUAAUACAUCUUACAUUUUUUUAAUCAGUAUAAUCCUCUUUUGAAUUUUUUUUCUCAAUUUUGGUCUUAUUCUCGUCGAAAUUCCGAAGUUGACAAAUUGCCUAUAAAAAUAAAUCGCGCGAGCUAAUUGAUCUAGAAAUCCCUGGAUUGGGAUUCAUCCGACGUCUAUCGUUUAUCGGGACAUCAAUGAUUCGGCAGAUAAGAGCUUGUUUUUAUAGCGAUGAAUGUUUAUCAAGAAUCCAAGUGUACUCUCAAGAGUUUUAUUCUUCAAGUGUGGCAGUUUUACUCUGAUUUUCGACACGAUAAAACUCUCUUACAAACUUUGAACGCGAAAGUGAGCUUCACUAGAAACUUGUUUGAGAUUUUCACUCCUCGAUAUAAUAAUUUUUUGCUUCCUGCGGUCUUAUAUGACAGAGCAACUCUCUUAACAAAAGCUCACCGGAGAAUUUUUUCUGUCUGAGAUAGCCGUUUGGGGUAAACCUCUUAAAAAUACUCUUGGAUUUUAUACUAAAGAAUAAUGGGGAAAAAAGCAUGGAAGAAAGAAAAAAAAUGGCCAAAGCGAAUCUUAUCUUUUUUUAUAAAUAACCGAUAACUACACAUAUACACACAUACACAAUAGCCAUGCGUGUGUGAGAAGAGAGAAAGAGAGAGAGAGAGAGAGAGAGAGAACGAACGUAAACUUAAAUUAUUAUAAAUAUUAAUACUAAUUAAUAUUAUUGAAUAUAUAUACCUCUUCUGUACAUACAAUUAAGCCACAACAAUAAUAAUGAAUAAUAAUUGAUGAUCAUGAACGAUGGACGAACCGCAGAACGGGGCAAACACAAUAAUUGCGCAUUGUUUUUAGUAAAAAGAAAAAGAGGCGAAACGCGGUAGCGAACGCGAUUAUUACUAAGUUGUGAAUAUUAAUAAGUACGAUUGUAAUUGUAAUUAUAUAUACUUAUAUUCGCGGCGAUACGAUGAUGUAAUUGUAUGAGAUCCACGCAUACAUACACACCACACAGUAUAAAUAUUAUAAAUAUAUUAUAUAAUAACGACGACGACGAUGGUGGAGACGAUGGUGAUUUUUAUUAUGUUACUAUUAUUAUUAUUAUUAUUAUUAAUUAUUAUUAUUAAUUAUCACCAUUAUUAUUGCGAUCAUUAUGGUUGUAUUAUAUAUUGUACUGAGGAAUAUAUACACUGAUAUAAGAAUGAAAUGAGUUCAAUUAAAAUGUGAGCGAGUACAACAUUGUUGAGUAAACGGUAAGGAAUAUAAAUCCAAUGCGCGUCGUGUUAUUUGUACUUAUAUUAGUUGUAUUAUUGAAUUAUGUACCGGAUUAUGUACUAUCUCAAAGAUUUUAUCGUGUUUCUUUUUUUAUUUUUGCGUCUGUUAGAGUCUCGCGCGAUAAAAAAAAUCUACUCCAAGAGGAUUUCUUUCUAGACUACUAUUUCAUUUUUUUAUACUCACUUUUGAAGAUGAUUGAACUUCGAUUUGGAGCACGAAAAGUUUUAUAGACGCAUAGACAAAAUUCACGGACGAUCAUAAAUGUGCAUAAUUAUGAUGUCUUUUUUAUGCAGUAAACAAUAAAAUAUAUCGUCUAA